AUGGAUCUGACAACUGCAAGUGGGUUCUGUCUAGCGCUACUUUCUGUGUUGAACAUGAAGUUCGACAAGAGUCUUUGCGUGAUUGGCUUGGUAUGCAGUAGCUUUGUGGCAAUCAACGCUGCCACCCAUCGCCGCAGCAUUCUGUCCCCACUGGGAGAUACAGAACGACCCCAUGUCAGAAUGGGAAACAUUCUGGCCACGCGGGUAACUUUGCUCCUCAUGGCCUUGCAAGCGGUGGGGGCAGCAUGGAUGGUAGAACAACCCAUCUCGAGCCUUGCUUGGUACCACCCUCGCUUGCGAAGCAUCCUUCGACGCUUUCCCAAGAUCUUUGCUGUCCGUUGGUGGAUGGGCCACUACCGCUCAUGCACGCCAAAGAGGCACAUUUGCUGGGCAAACAGUCGGAAGAUUGGGGGCUUGGACAGAGGCAAAAUGAGGAAGGCGCAACGGAAGGAGAUCGCUAAGACUGGUGUGAAAAGUGCCACGGUCAAGGUCAAUGUGAAGGGGCGUAAGGCUUAUACGGGCACAUCUAGCCUCCGUGGGACAGGGACCUACCCGCCAUACUUUGGCCUUCGCAUGGUGCAGCUUUUUCCUCGUUUGAUUGAGAGCCGUUCUAAGCCGCCUGAGAUCCCGACUGAUAUGGCUGGGCUGAGCACGCAGGCUUUCUUUGACAGCAUUUCCUGGGACACCGAUGUCUGGGACGAUGGCCAAAUGCUAGAUGUCCUUGCCUACAUCCGCGGAAACAAUUCCCUUAAUUUGGGUGUGUGGCGAUCUUCUUUCCCCCAGGAACUGUGA